UUUGAUCUCAAACGGGCUAGGGAGGGGAAUAUCCGUGAGGAAAGGGACCGACGAAAGCGUAUUAGGGAAAGGGGGAAUCAAAAACGCAGACCCCCCCGUCGUCUCCAACUCUCUGGUCUUGUCUAAGAAUAUGUGGAUGAACUUGUCCUCGCCGUGUCGGCAGCAGCGAGUCCUACCGUCCGCAUGAACUCGAACCGUGGGAAGUUGUGGAUUUACCGUAGCGCUUUUCUGACUCGGCGGUGGAGCCGCUAAGGAUGGAGACUCUGCGGAGAGGAGCUUAAUGUGCCGCAGAUAUAAGGAUAUAUCUAAAAUAAACCACUGGUGCUGAAAACAAACAGUGUCUCUCGAUUCCUGACAACUAGAGAUGACAGAUUCACCUGCUAAACACCACUCUGAGGGAUCUUCAAAGUUUUAAAGCGACAGUCAAGAAAAGAAAACAAGACAGACCGCCAAGAGAAAGGAGUAUUUCCUCAAGAUCCUGAAGGAUUUGCCAUCACCACCACACAAAUGUGGACCUCCCGAAACGCUGUCAUCAAAUAAUCUGAUCAACGAAACAAACACGAUUGAUAAAACACAAAACUUUUGUAGCCAUGUCUGAUCAUAAGGACAUGACACAUCGCCACUUGCGGCACAAGCUGCAGAGUCUUGGCCGUAGACUGGAUGAACUUGAAGAAGCCACCAACAAGCUGCAGAAGUCAGAGGAUGAGCUGCUGGACCUGCAGGACAAGAUCAUCCAGGCAGAGGGCAGCAACUCGUCCCUGCUUGGCGACGUGGAGGCCCUGAGGAAACGUCUCCUGAAGAUCCAGGGUAAAGAUGAGGAGGUACGCAAAGCUGAGGACCUCUGCCGCACAGUCAGAGAGAAACUGGAAGAGGAGGAAAACCUUACAAAGGAGCUUAAGGCUGAGAUUGAACGUCUACAGCGGAGAAUGGCCGAACUGGAAAAACUGGAAGAAGCUUUUGGGAAAAGCAAGUCUGAUUGCAGCCAGCUCUGCCUCAGCCUCAAUGAGGAGAAGAACUUGACCAAAAAGCUCUCGUCUGAGUUGGAGACCCUCAAAGCCCGUUUGAAGGAUGUUGAGGGGUCUGAGACGAAGCUGGACAGAGCAGAGCAGGCUUUGGCCAUGGAACUUGAGAAACUCAAAGGAUUCACCCAGACCUUUGUGAGUGAGCGUAAGAGGCUGCUAGAGAAACAGAGAGAGGACGAGAAGAUCAUUUUAAAGCUGACAGAAAAACUGGAGCACCAGAAAAAUCGCCUUGGCAUGUCAUCUGACUCUGGCCGGGCAGAUUUCAUGAGGUCACGAAUUGAAGAUGAGCUCUCAUCCACAGGGCUCCUUUCAAGUAAGCUGGCUGGGCACAAGAAGAAACUUGACUACUUCAAGUUGCCUGAUGACAACAUCAGUCUUGUGAACAAAUCUGAAAAUGAGAAGAACAGCAGUCUUGAAGGUUCACAGGAGGAGGACAACAAAGUUAAGGAGUUGACACAGGAAGUAGAGAGGCUGAAGAAUCGCCUCAAACAGCUAGAGAUAGUGGAGGAGGAUUUGAAGAACUCAGAGUUUAAAAAUGGCGAACUUAAUGAGAAGUUCCAGUUGGAACGAAACCGGGCUCGUCAACUGAGUGAGCAGGUGGAACAGCUCAGGACGCAGCUGUGUGGAAAAGGUGGGAUCGGAGGACACGGAACCAGUAAUGUGGGUAAGCACGGCAACGGGAGCAGCAACAUUUGCAGCAACAGCCCUGCUAACGUCCUGGAGAAUGGCAAAGCCGAGAAUGAAGAGAUUAUUGUGAAGGGUGGUUUCAGACAAGAGAAGCCUAAAUAUAGGAGUGCUGCAGCUGUCUCAGAACCGAGCUCCCCCAAACACAGGAACAGGGAUCUCUCUCCUCAGCAUAAGAGAGACACUAAGCUGAGGAGCAAAGAGCUGAGCCACUCUGAGGAGAGCUCUCCUAAGUCCGUGAGGAGAGCCCUCAGUCCUGCUCACAAAAGCAGGAAGACACCCAAAACCCCAACUACUGCAGUUUCAUCCGAUAAUGGAAUAAGAGACACAGGACGAGGAACUGAGGAGAAGGUGAGAGGAGCCACAUACAGCUCUGUAAAUACGUCUUCUAGUGAUAUUAAAAAGGUUUCUGUUCUUAGUCGCUACCCUCCGGCUGCAAAUGACCAGAAACCACUGAGGACAACUCACAAACAGACUGAUGGGGAGACAAAAAAGAGCAGGGUAGAAAAGUUUUCAAAAUUGUAUGUAGGUAGUGAUAGCGAAUCAAACAACUCUGAUGUAGUGCCUGACAGCUCCAGUAACAUCAACAGUAUCUCUGGACUAGAGAAGGACACAGCAUCUGCCUCAGAUCAGGAAUCAGUAGACCAGGUUCAGGAAUCUGCCUCUGUCGCUUCCACUCUGUCCAAAGCUAACGGAUCAUAUACAGCCUACAGAUCACACAUCACUCCUCUGCAGACCAACGACCAGGGGUCAGAGGGUCAUUCCUCAGCUUCAGAAACAGAAUCUACUGGUUCAAGGCCCUCUGAACCAGAACCUGUGACUGAGACAUCCACUGCAACCGUAAGCAGUCGAGCUACAACCUCCAGAUAUCCCAGAUACUCCCAUGUCCAUGACUCACAUUCGGAGGGCUCUUCCUCCAGGAGCUCAUUUGAUGAGGAGCUCCACAGCAGGGCACAGUCAGCGGAGGGGGGCCACCAGGGCCCCAUGCAUACUCCGUCAGGGAUUGAGAUCCAGCGAGUGUGCAGCCCACGUGAGGCGCUGAGGUCAAAAGCUGUCAUCAAGCCUGCUAUUGUUGAGAUUGACAGGAAGGAAGUGAUGAUUUCAGAAUCUUUGUCCACCAAUGGCAAACCCAAAAUCUCCACUAAACCAAUUGUGACCACGACUAGUAAAAUGACCAGUAGUAUAACCAUCUACCCCAACGACCCGAGCUCUUCCAGAACCAGCAGCCGCAGCAGCAGCGUGUGCAGUGAACCCAUGCCCAUCAAAGAACGCCACACCUCCACCAGUAACAUCCUCAUAGGCCCCAGCAAUGAGCACCAUGGCAGUAUUUCCGUCCCGUAUGAAAUCUCCAUCCCCAAGAGUGAGAUCACAUUGCGACCAUGCCAGGACCAGGACUGUGGGACAGACGACCACAGUGAUUCCUCAUCAAGGUCCAAACUCCACAACACUUCCAGAGUGGAGACCACCACCAGCCAUCUGUGCUGCCAGCGCAGCAACUUCAGCCUCCGGUCCCCAGACACCAUGUCCGCAGACCUCAACGACACUGAGUCAGGCUUCGAGAGCAGCAGCAGUACCACCACUGUCACCAGCUGGAGAAGCCAAAGACAAAGCCAGCACUCCCAAGAAGACAGUUUACCAGACAUGAAGAAUGUGACCAUGAGAAGCACUUGGAGGAACAGAGGCACCGGGUCAGUGGAUGAGACAGGCCGGGGAAGAGGGCCUACUAGGAUGAUGACAGAUGGCGUGUCUGAAGACGAGGCUGAAACUGCAACAACAUGGAGGGCUUACCGGGCAACCACGUUUGACACGGAAGAAACGAUAAGCAGUGGCACAGCAGCUGGUGGGAAUGCUGCAGCACAGAAGGGAGCCAAGCCGUCCCCUGCAGAGGUGUACAUGCGUAGGAUCAACAGUGUGGUUACAAACACUAGAGAAGGGGAGGAACCAGUGCUUCGCCGAGGCAAGCGUUCUCAGUCUCCCACUGUAGAAACAGGAGGCCUGGGAAGGACCAUACCCCACGCACCUGUGACCUCUCAGUCCUGGGGCCGCUCAUACACACAACAACCACUGGCUGCUGAUAGUGUAGAUCCCAGUCCAAACCCGAGCCACAGCCCAGCCUCCUGGAGACGACAGCUACCCAGUAGCGACUCACACCAUCUGGGCAGCUCUUAUGACCGGGCAUCCAAGACAGCAGGGACCUCCUCCAGAGGAGGGGAGCUGUGGUCCAGCCGGGGCCAAGGGUCAGGGGCCAGAGCGGAGGGAAGGAGUGGAGCGGGGAGCCGGCCGUGGAGCCAUCGUCAGUCUGAUUAUCAUUAGAUUGCUUGGGUCUGAACAGGACGUCUACAGCAAAGAGGACAGCACUCCAUUAAGCUCUCAACGGCAAAAGCAGAGCCAAACACCAGUCUCCCAUCAACUAAUGGCGACACCUUUUACCACCAUCUCCAACAGACAACACCUGCAGCUUUUAUAACAAGCUAAGAAAAAGAAAAAUAGCAGUUGCAGCCAUAUAGAGCAACAAACCACAGAUCUGACCCUGAGCAUACAAUGAGAUGUGAACAGCUAUCCGGAACUUUCUCUGUCCCAAAAGAGGCUUCAGUGGAAAGACAGUGCCUGUACAGUGUCGUGGUGGUUGCCCCACCAGCCCAUGUAUCCUCUUCUGCUUUUUAUGUUGGAUGUAUUAUAGUGUAAUCCCGAAAUUUGACAAGGGAGAGGCUGGCAUGCUGGGGACGGCUGGAGAUUUUCCUGCAUGCCAGAGAGAGUUUAAAGAGAGUUAGAGGAAGAAGGACUCAAACAUUGAGAAUGCCUUUCUCCGAGGACCAUUACAGCUGGAUUUGUCGCUUUUGAAUCAUAAUUGCAACCUUUUCUUGAUCGCUGAAAAACAACCCAAGCUGCUGCAGUUAACACCAGUACGACGUUAAAGAUGCAUCUUCAUCUCACGGGGCUGGAUCUUCAUGCAGAAUACUUCACAAAACUAAAGGAUCUUUACCUUAAAUGUGACCAAAAACAGGAAGCGAAUUACCCUCUUUGAAGAACCAUAUCAUAGGUCUCUUUUUCUUACUGAGCUCAUUUUUUCUUUGACAAUUCAGUCAGACCAUCUACUUUUUCUUUAUAAUUUUUCUCACGCAUAUAUUCAUAAACCAUAUAAACCAUACAAACACAUGCAUAAACAACAAGUGAACACAUGCACAUUUCUAACUUUAGGUUUAUUUUUAACCGGUGUCACCGCUUUCUGGCAUGCAGUGACCUCAAACUGGAUUUAAUUUGGGGUCUAAGAUGUUGAGUGAACAUUUGCAUGUUUCUAAGUAAUAAAUGAAGAGCACUUGAAAGAUUAUGACUCAGCAUGCACUCUGCUUAAAGGAUUGCUGGUUGGCCGCAUUUUAGGAGUACGCACACAUACACACUCCCACACACACACACACACACACACAUUAUUACUGACAGACCGGGACCUAAUUUAUGCUUUUUGCCAUUUUCAUCAGUUGUUUUGAUUCUUUGUAAUUCGCUUCCUGUUCUGCAUCAUCCCUUCCCUCUCUGCUCAACCAUAUCAAGACAAAAAGAUCGUAGUUUGCACGUAAUGAAAUGCAAUGCACAUGUAGAAAAAAAAUUUCCGGGGGGGAGAGCAUUGUUUAUAACCUCAAACCAUGCUACAGUUUCCAUGGUGCUUUGUUUUACAGCUGUUGCAACUGUCCUCAUUCAUGUAUUUUGAGAGAGCCAUAGCAAAAUGGAGUUUCUGUUUAAACUUUGGGACUUUGGGUUACCAGCAAACCUGGCCUGGCAGGGCGGACAUCUUAUUCAGUGCUGCUGUAAAUACUCUGUACACACCAGCCAGUCAUAGGAAAGAGGGUUGGACUUUUAACAACAAGGAACUGACAGUCCAGCUUGUAUGUGACUGGAUUCGCCUUGCGAAUCGUCCCAGCUUUUCUCUCCAUUUCUUAUUUCUAUAGAGGUGUAUUAUUUUGUUACAUCCUAAAAUAUCAACUCACGGUUGGCGUGUUGGAGCAAUCUCUAAUCGGUGGGGGCCAUAACAGCAAUGGGGGUGCCAUAGAAACAGAUUUAGUUAGCGGCCAGUAAUGAAAUAAGUUGUUUUCAUUGAGGUAAAUGGUGCAUACCUACGACAGAGACCUCACUGACGUUGUCAAACCUUUUCUGUAAAGUUUGAGUCUUUCAACAGGCUCCUGCUGGAUUUUAGGUUUAACACACAAGAUGAACCGCAGUAUGACAGAUGAUGUAAACUUUGAUACGAGAACAAAAUGUAUGAACGCAGCUGAAUGACCAAUUGCUUAAUGGCUUGAUGCACCAAUUCAACACGACAGCAUUGUUUGUUUCCUGAAUCUAAAUGGCAAAGUAAUACAACCGCAACUGUGAACUCUGAACAUAUGGGAUCUGCUGAAGAACUGGGGGACUUUUAAAGCCUGCUCUCCAUCUGGUUGUUCUGCUGUGAUGUAUUUAAGUGCUGUUGAGUCAGACCCUGCUGGGGAUGAUGUGUUUCAGUCUUAGUACAUUUCUCAGUUCUCCUGUAUUCUACCAGUUGACAUCUAGCUGUAAUAUUUAUUAGUCUCCAUGUAUGUACAGGUUCUUUUAUUGUGAAGAGGUCUGCCUGGUGGCAGGAGCCCAGUCUGUCGCCGCUUUGUCACUUUACUGUUUAUGCAAGCAGGAGAUAAUAUGCAAUCAUACUGUCCCCCCAGUGCAAUGUCUGUAACUAUGUCAGUCAUCAUGCUGAUCAUAGGUGGUGACUGUGUGGUGAUAUGUCCAAACUAAAAUGUUUGUUUACCUUCAGAGUGCACAUUUUUUCACUAAUGUUAAUUUUCAUUACUUUUACCUUUUGCUAGAAAAUAUCAACAGUAUGUUAAUCUGUGCCUUGAGAUACAGUAAUCAAGGUAGGUUUUCCCAACAUGUUUAGACUUGCACAAUAUUCUUCCACUUGCUGAGCAGAUAAAUGACAUGUAGUAUGGAAAGGUUGCAUUUUUUUUAACUUCAUAUAUAUUUUUUACAUUUGGCGUGAUCGUUAUAUGGAACAUUGUAAAAGGUAUUUUGGUUUAAGCGUAAAAAAGGGAGGGAACUCCUCCCUGAGGGACGUCGAAACAAGGUUCCCUGAGGAAAAAACUAGAUUUUUGUAACCCAACUUUAAAGUACCCUUUUAAAGAAUAUAGGCCGCACCACCUAAAAAGCUGUGUCCUCUAGAUUGGUCUGUCAGAGUCGCAGGGUGCAGCUCAGCCUCAGAAAGGAUUGCCAUGUGGCCUCUUCAUGGCCGCUGCUGGCUUUAUGAUAGAGCAAAAACAGACCAGACAUACUGUUCAGAGCUCUUAGUGCUCAUGCCAAGACUUGAUGAUCAUAUAGUCCUUCUCUGUUAUUGUUUCUACUACCAGUCUUCUCAUUUACCAAGAGGAAAUGCUGUAUCUUCCCCAAUCUCUCAUCUUUUUAACCAGUUCCAGUUUUCCUUUUAGUAUUUCUGAGAAGCCAAAAGUCCCUUUCCUUUCUUCUUUCUUCUUUCUUUGUUUCUCUGCAUCUUCCUUGGAUUCUCAUUUCCUAAAGGGAAUGUCGUGGUUCUAAACAGCGGUGAUAUGUGUUGUUGGUUAAGAGAGUUGUUUUAUUGAAGGCCAGCGUCCUGUCACCAGAUAGUGAUGGGCUGCUCCCUGGGUAGCUGAAAGGUCAGAGGUCAGGGCUGCGUCUAAUCUUGUCUGUACGUCUUGGCUCAGGGCUUCUAAAUACAGGAGAGAGGAAGACGGACUUGGCGGUGAUGUCCUCUUUAGGGAUAAUUAAAAGAGACGAGGCUAUCAGAUGUCCAGUUCUGCCAGCACACAUGCCGCCAGAGAUGCACGUGGUCGUUCAUCGGUGUGUGAUGUUAUUAAUAUGUCAGCGAGGGCUCUUGUUCAAAGUUCGACAUGCGAACUGGUUUGUUGUAAGCUGUUGCAGAUCCCUGAGUCAAUUGGUGCUGAAUGAGUAAUGUGCACGUGUGUUUGUCAGAGUUGGCAUGCAGAGGCAGGGAUUGUUUUUUAUUUAUCUUUAUGGCUGACAUCACUGUGGGUCAGGAUUACUGUAUAUAGCAACUUGGUGAUGCAAGUGCUAACACCAAUGCCCUCCUCAACCCUCAUCCUGCCUUACUGCCUCAUAAAUUUUCUUGUGUCACUUCUCUCCUUCCACCCAGUAAAAGAUUCUCUAAGAUGCAGACAAUCUAACGGUUUCACUCGUCCUUACUACAACUAAACUGUGCAAGCGCUACCAUUUGUGUUUGUGUCUUUGUUUGUGUGUCCUUUCUUGUCUUUUGCCCCCGGCACCCUGAAGAGAGUACUCGAGUUGGGGCUCCCAGGAAGAGCCCAGCUGUUGGAACCUGUAGGUUUUAUGACAUGUUGGAGGGUGUUCCUCCUGGAGACCAGCUUCAAAGAAAGCAGGGCUUUUUAAAGGGCAAAGUUGAAACUCCAUCCUCCACUACACAUGCUUCCUUUCUUCCUUACAAGGCCCUAAAGUACACUAACCCCACCACCAACCCGGCUGCAUCCCCUCCGUCCAUUGAAACCUAGCUCGACUCUUCAGAAUAAAGACCAGUUGUGACUUUUCGGGCAUCGUGUCACUACUCACAUGCCACAGGUCUUAUUCGUUGCUUCCAGUGGCGAGAGCCUGGAUAGCGUUGACAUGGUGGAAUGUACUGACUGGUCAUCUGGGACUUAAGCGAAGACUUUACAGGUCUCAAGACUUAUGGAUUUUGUGGCGCUAUAAAGAAACGGCUGGGUGCUGUUUCAGAGUUUGUCGGUUUCUGUGAUCUGCGAAUGUUGGCAGCUUUGCAAACCAUUUGUUGAAUCAGAGAAUCAGUUCGAUAGCUUCUGCCAGAGCAGAAUAUUUCAAACACUGCUGUGGAUGAUACGAUUGAAAACUCCCACAAGGAGGAGAGGUGGUUAAGCAGUGGAGAGAAAAGAGGCUGGUUCUGAUUUCCUGCUUAAAUACCAGCGAAAGACUUAACAGAAAUCCUCUAAAGCUCUUCUGGUGUAUGUAUAAACAUCCGUUAUUUACAAGUCAUUGUUUUUUUCCCUUUUAUAAAGUAGACUAGAAUGUACUUAGUGGAGAUUGGAGUGGCUCGGUAGAAAUGGCUCUCGGGCAGCGAGCAGGCCCUUUUCCUCAAAGGCCUCCAUUGUGAAGCCAGGGUCAUGGUGUCAUUGGGUGGCGUAGGCUGUAAUCUGCACUUAACCAGCACUUAACUUUAAGACCUCAAACGACUAAUGCCCCAUUUAGUCCCCCUUUGUCAAAAAGUUUCCUCUUUUGCGUCCCAGAAUUUACUUUAAAUCUGUUUUGUGUAGCUGUUUGCUGAAUGUACCACAGUCAGGUAUAUGUUUUUGCACCAGCCGGAUUAGAGUAUUUACGAAUCAUGUCACCAGUUAAACAAAAGGAAAUUGGCUCAGUUCGCUCAGUGAAUCAAUCAAGUUCGAACAUAUUUCUCGAGGUAUGACACUUGUUAUGCCUGUGUCUCAGCCUUCUAACAUAGUGCCAAAAUCAUUCCACAGUAUUUCCAGUUUACAGUGAGAGACAGUGCCAGUGUUUCCCCAAGAUGGAUGCCCUGUCUCUAAGAUACUGAAAUAGUGGGGAAAUGUUCAAUUUGAGGGUUUUCUUUUUUUUUUGUUGUUGUUUUCUGCUUAUGUAUGUUUUUAUUUCUUUGUUAAACAAAAGAUGUCUUAUUUUGGAAGCUAUAUCGGAUAGAUUUUAUUUAAGGAAAAUCUUGUACUUUUGUAAAGUGGGCCUUAUUAUUGAAAUAUAUUAAGUAUUUGUCCAUCUUGAUUUUAAGAAUGAUAUUUUUUGCAAGAUAAUGUAUCUUCCUCAUUGUUAUUACACUCCUGGAGAGUACUGCUUCCUGUAUUUUGUGUUUGUUAUUUUAAUGCGAGACAUUUCUCACGACCUGGAGACAUGAUGACACACCGUGGAUGAGAGAAAGAGAGACCGUUUAAAAGAGAGGGAGAGAGAGAAGCCAGGGUUGUGUCAUAGUCAUUGAAGAAAGAGAGCUGUGUGCAUUUUAUCAGAGCUGAGCAGGCCUGCUGUGCUGAGUGGUUCACCAUGUGUCGUCCCGUUUAUUUAUCGGGGCUCAUUCAGUGCUCCGGCCUCUUCGCUGCUCUGUUCUCCCUCGCUCAUAAAUUCAGGGUUUGUACAUCAUCUGUGCUGUAUGUUUGUAAGUGCUGCCAAAGAAAGAAGCAUGCAGGCCCCAAACUCGCACAAGUGUGUGUUUUAUAUGUGUAUGUAUAUAUAUAUAUAUAUGAACACAAAUCAUCUAAUAGGAAUUAAAUGACAACAUGUACACCCUUACACACAUACAUGCACAGACUUUUGAAAUUCAGGCCUGUACAAUCAUUUAUAAAUUUAUGCGCAGAAGAAGGAGACUGACAGACAGAGGUGUCAAACACGGAAAUGUAUGUAAUGAAAUCAGAUCAAAAGGGUUUUAUGAUUUAUUAUUGCUUCUCAGUGUGUCAGUAAUGCCAAGCGGAUUAUGUCGGGAGGCUGUUCUUUUUUUUUUUUGUUUUUUUUUUUUUGUUUUAGACUUAAUACAUUGUGCAUGUUUUAACCUUACUGUGGCUGGCGCACUCUGCAUGUAGGUCUCUUGAAGCUGCCAACUGUACAGCAGACCAUAUGUAUUCCAAUAAAAAUAAAAACCAACCUGU